CUUGUGGUCAAAUAUCAACAGUUGAUAGUUGUAAACAAUACAAAAGUAAUUUGGUAGAAAUCAGUAGAAAUGAUAAACAUUAUUUUUUCUCUGUUAGGAGUUGGAUUACUUUGGGGCGCAACUAAUCCUUUCAUACGUCGUGGUAGCGCAGGUAUUGACACAAUCGAUACCGGUUCAAGAUGGCAUAAUCUCUGGACGGAGCUUUGUAUGAUAGGAUCAAGACUGAAUUACUGGAUUCCUUUUGUCUUAAAUCAAUUAGGCAGUGUGCUUUAUGUGUGGACACUCCAACAUACUAAUAUAACUCUAGCUGUGCCAAUUGCAAAUUCACUAAGCUUCGCGUUUACUGCUGUGACAGGUUACUGCUUAGGAGAAAGAUUACCCGGAAAAUCGGUUCUAAUUGGCACGUUAAUGGUGUGCUUUGGAACUACGUUGAUGUUGUAUGACAAAGUACGUAGUGAAGGAAAAGCUUAAAUAUCAUAUUGUUACUGAUAGACAUAUGAAUAUUAAUAAAAGCGUUUCUUUAUACUGUAGCAAUGUAA